UCCGCCGCCGUGGGUAGUCGCAGACCUACGAAGGGACGGCAUUCGGAAUUCAAACCUCGCGAUUCGAACUUCGAAGUGUGUUUAGAAUAAUUCUUUCUGACAGUGUUUUGUUUCGUGCGUUCUUUUCUUUUUCUUAGUGGCCAUGUGUUUAGUUGUGUAAUUUGGAUAUUGUGAAAAUUUAAAAAGGAUACAAUGAGUGUAGUGGUUGAGUGGGCACGGACCGGCGUGGCAUGAGAGAGCCGCCAUGAGGGGCGCGCGCUGGCGGGGCGCGGCCGCCGUGCUGGCGCUGCUGGCGUGCACGGAGCCCGCGCUGCCCGACCCGCACGACCCACACGACCCACACGACCCGCACCCCGGCCCCCGACACCACCACCGACACCGACACAAAGACACCGCACUAUUCCACCCCAACGACGACUACCGACACUUCUCCCCCUAUGACGCACACUUCGUAGACCCAUACCCACACAGCAUGGCUCUGCGCGCGGAUUGGCUGAACGACUCUGUAGCGGAAUUAAAAGACAAGAAGCAGCACGCUCAUUGGCCGAUCAAGCGCGAGGCGGUGAUUGAAGGCGAGCUGGUAUUGGGCGGGCUGAUGAUGGUUCACGAGCGGUCUGAGCGGCGCACGUGCGGCCGCGUCAUGCCGCAGGGCGGGGUCCAGGCGCUGGAGGCCAUGCUGUACACGCUCGACAUCGUCAACGACAUGCAACUCGUCCCCGGGGUCACCAUCGGGGCGCAUAUACUUGAUGACUGUGAUAAAGACACGUACGGGCUAGAGAUGGCCGUGGAUUUUAUUAAAGGUUCGAUCAGCAACAUCGACGACGCGGAGUUCGCGUGCAACGCGAGCGCGGUGCGCAAGGUGAUCUCCGGCGUGGUGGGCGCCGCGUCCUCCGUCACCUCCGUGCAGGUCGCCAACCUGCUGCGCCUCUUCAAGAUCCCGCAGGUGUCGUUCUUCUCCACGUCCCCGGAGCUUUCGAACAAGGCUCGCUUCGAGUACUUCACGCGCACCAUCCCCUCCGACCUGCACCAGGUGCGCGCCAUGGUCGAGAUCGUGGCGCGCCUCGGCUGGAGCUACGUCUCUAUUAUUUAUGAGGAGUCUAGCUACGGGAUUAAGGCUUUCGAGGAGCUGGAGGCGUGGCUGGCGCGGCGCGGCGUGUGCAUCGCCGUGAAGGAGAAGCUCGUGAAGGACUCGGGCGUGGCCGACGAGCGCGCCUACGACGACAUCGUUAGCAAGCUGCUCACCAAGCCACGGGCACGGGGCGUAAUCGUGUUCGGCUCCGACCAAGAAGUGGCAGGCGUGAUGCGAGCCGUCCAGCGCGCCGACGCCACGAGGACCUUCAGCUGGGUGGGCUCCGACGGCUGGUCAGCACGAGCCCUGGUGUGCGACGGCAACGAGCCCGCCGUGGAGGGCACCAUCAGCGUGCAGCCCCAGGCCAACGAGGUCAAGGGGUUCAGAGAGUACUUCCUGGGCUUGAACGUGCAUAAUAAUAAAAGGAACCCGUGGUUUGUUGAGUUCUGGGAAGACCACUUCUCAUGCCGCCUGCCCGGCAGCGCGCGCACGCCGUACAACGCGGGUCUGACGCGCGCGUGCAGCGGCGACGAGCGGCUGUCAGCGGACAAUACGGAGUUCGAGGCGCAGCUGCAGUUCGUGUCGGACGCUGUCAUGGCCUUCGCUUAUGCUAUACGGGACAUGCACGCGGCGGUGUGCGGCGCGCCGGGGCUGUGCGACGCCAUGCGCCCCGCCAGCGGCGCCGAGCUGCUGCGGUACCUGCGCCGCGUCAACUUCACCGGUCUGACGGGCGACGAGUUCCACUUCGACAGUAACGGCGACGGGCCGGCGCGGUACAACAUCCUGCACUUCAAGCAGACAGUGUGCUCAUAUAGCUGUCCCUCUCGCACUGCAGGUCUGACGGGCGACGAGUUCCACUUCGACAGUAACGGCGACGGGCCGGCGCGGUACAACAUCCUGCACUUCAAGCAGACAGUGUGCUCAUAUAGCUGUCCCUCUCGCACUGCAGGUCUGACGGGCGACGAGUUCCACUUCGACAGUAACGGCGACGGGCCGGCGCGGUACAACAUCCUGCACUUCAAGCAGACAGUGUGCUCAUAUAGCUGUCCCUCUCGCACUGCAGGUCUGACGGGCGACGAGUUCCACUUCGACAGUAACGGCGACGGGCCGGCGCGGUACAACAUCCUGCACUUCAAGCAGACAGUGUGCUCAUAUAGCUGUCCCUCUCGCACUGCAGGUCUGACGGGCGACGAGUUCCACUUCGACAGUAACGGCGACGGGCCGGCGCGGUACAACAUCCUGCACUUCAAGCAGACAGUGUGCUCAUAUAGCUGUCCCUCUCGCACUGCAGGUCUGACGGGCGACGAGUUCCACUUCGACAGUAACGGCGACGGGCCGGCGCGGUACAACAUCCUGCACUUCAAGCAGACAGUGUGCUCAUAUAGCUGUCCCUCUCGCACUGCAGGUCUGACGGGCGACGAGUUCCACUUCGACAGUAACGGCGACGGGCCGGCGCGGUACAACAUCCUGCACUUCAAGCAGACAGUGUGCUCAUAUAGCUGUCCCUCUCGCACUGCAGGUCUGACGGGCGACGAGUUCCACUUCGACAGUAACGGCGACGGGCCGGCGCGGUACAACAUCCUGCACUUCAAGCAGGUGUCGCGCGGCGUGUUCCGCUGGCUGCGCGUCGGCCGCUACCUCGACGGCGAACUGCAGCUCGACUUGGAUGAGAUCCAGUUUAAAUGGGAGGAGCCCCGCCCGCCGGAGUCGGUGUGCAGCGCGGAGUGCGAGCUGGGGCAGGCCAAGCAGUACGUGGAGGGGGAGAGCUGCUGCUGGCACUGCUUCAACUGCACGCAGUACGAGAUCCGCUCCCCGCUCGUGGAGACAGCAUGCGUGGAGUGCGCGCGCGGCUCGCUGCCCGACCCCACGCGGACCGAGUGUCGGCGCAUCCCGGCCGCCUACCUGCGCGCCGACUCCGCCUGGGCCAUCGGCGCCAUGGCCUUCUCCUCGCUGGGGAUACUCAUCACUGCGCUGGUGUGCUACGUGUGGGCGCGGCACUCGGCCACGCCGGUGGUGAUGGCGAGCGGGCGGGAGCUGUCCUACGUGCUGCUGGCGGGGAUACUCAUGUGCUACCUCGUCACCUUUGCGCUCGUCUUCAGACCUACGGAUCUGCUGUGCUCCUUGCAGAGGUUCGGCACAGGCUUCUGCUUCACUGUAGUCUACGCGGCACUCCUCACCAAGACCAACCGCAUCGCUCGUAUCUUCACCGCGAGCGCGCGCUCCGCCAAGCGGCCCGCGCUCAUCUCGCCCACCUCGCAGCUCGCCAUCUGUGCCGCGCUCGUCUCUAUACAGGUGCUGAUCGUGGUGGUGUGGCAGGUGGUGUCCCCGGCGCGCGCCAUGUGGCACCACCCGACCAGGGAGGACAACAUGCUGGUCUGUGACUCCUACGUGGACGCCAGCUACAUGAUCGCCUUCUUCUACCCCAUCGUGCUCAUCGUCGUGUGCACCAUCUACGCCGUGCUCACUAGGAAGAUCCCUGAGGCGUUCAAUGAGAGCAAACAUAUUGGGUUCACGAUGUACACGACGUGCGUGAUCUGGCUGGCGUUCGUGCCGCUGUACUUCGGCACCGCGUCGCACGUCCCGCUGCGCGUCACCAGCAUGGCCGUCACCAUCUCCCUCUCCGCCUCCGUCACUCUCGUGUGCCUCUUCUCCCCCAAGUUGUACAUAAUCCUGAUCCGGCCGGAGCGCAACGUGCGGCAGAGCAUCAUGCCGGUGCGCUACAGCCGCAAGCCCCCCGCGCCCCUCGCCGCGCCCCCCGCGCCCGCGCCCCUCACCGCCCUGAGGCAGAAAAUCUGCGUCGAUAAGGAGACACAGACGGAGGAUGACGAUAAUGAUGACCAGGUCGCGAAUGGAAAGACAUGCCGAAUGACUGAAGUCAACGAACACAACAAACUAGACGAAAAUAGCGUUAAAGAAAAUAAAAUACCAGUAGAUAACAAAGCUAGUGAAUCUAAAUCUCAAUACGAGGAAAAGCGCCUCGUGAAGGAAAACUCCAAGAUAUUAGGCCGGUCCUCAUUACCGAGCUAUCCGAGAAUAAAUCAGAUGUGA